AUGGAGGCGGUAGUAAAUCGAACACAAUUGCGCUGAGCGCGAGAGUGUCCGCGGUGCGGUGCGCGAGCUGCCAGCCAAUGUAACGCUUCCCCCCCGCCGCGCAAAUGACACCAAUAUACGCUCCGUGCAUAAGCAUCAGGCAGCCCGCAGACUGGCGAAUUUAAAAUAAGUCUACAGAGGCGGAGGACAACGGGGAGAAGGUGAGAGCGGAGUGUGAGAGGGGGACGCGAAUCAGCCGAAGCACGCCGCGGCGCUCCGCGAGAGCAGACAUUGCGGACUCGCGCCGCGAGACGCGAGCGGCUCCGUAACGGCGAAAUGGAGUAAACAUGGCCAGCAGAAGGACUGCUUUCAUCGAAGGUUUCUUGCCAGCAGAGUUGCUGUACAGUAACCCGUAAUCCAUCCUGGACUGGGGUUUCUUCAAGGACUGCUGUGGGAGCCCCUGCUGUAGCAUUAAGAGAGAGAAUACAGGGAGUAUCACGAAUGAGCAGUCGCCCAGUUCCUUUUACUCAUUUUGGAUGCUUAAUUACCAAAUUGGGAUUUUAAUGCUAAUCUGUAUGAUUCUAUGGUCCAAGUGAGUCUCCAGUACUGCAUGAAUAGUAAACUUAAAAAUUCUACUUCUCAUAGCAUAAUAAUAUUUUCUUUGUUUUGAGGUGAACUAGUUUGUGUCUAAUUUUCAUUUCUGUUGUGUUUUGGGUUUGACCUUAUUUGUCGCCCUCCUGGAUUUUGCACACUUGGAGUACUUCCUUGCCACGCUUGUCUUAAAGGCUAGAGGGAGUCUGUGCUUAUGACCUGGCAAUUAUUUUCGGCGUUUCUCUGAACUUGCUAUAUAUAUUUUAAGUCGGGUCUGAGAACUGUGCUUCCAAUGUCUAAAUUGGUUUAAAUCCUACUGUUUUUUCCCCUCAAACAAGGCACUUGCAUCACUACAGUAAAAUUAUUCAGCUCUUGAAAAAUCAGAGUCGAAGAAAGAUGGAGGUUUCAAGGCAAACUGGAGCUUCUCCCUUUCUGAUGCCAGUGAGGAACAAGCGAACCACAGUUCCCGAGUGACCAUGGAGGAGGCGGAGGAGCAGCAGGAGGGUGCGGCCGGGGGCAGGCAGUCUCCUCAGCUGAAGAACUUCACAGUGGGCGAACACUUAAAGACAUACGAGCGCAAGCAAACUAACCACUCGCGGCUGCUGAAGGGGAACGGCCUGGGGGUCCACAAGCUAGCAGCUGGAAGGAAGCACAGUGAAAACCCUCAUGCCGUAACUCCACCGCCCAAUAGAACCAAUUAUUUUGUUGUCAGUCAUACGCCGCCACAAGGGGUCGUCGUUCAGGGGCGGCUGUUCCAGCAUGCUAAUGCACCUGCUGUUAUAGGGAAGACCGUCCAGAGCAACUUUGACCUGAAGGAAAGAAAAGACUACAAUACCCAACAAAUCCAAAGAGUGGAGUUAGACAGCAUUAUACUAACUUGCCCAGAAAUCCCAGGGUCCUGCAUUCUGCCCUCUGCUGCAGUGAGCCCAGAGACGGAUGUGAAGCGCCGGGUGCAGCAGAACAGGCGGCGGUCCUUUCUGGAGGCCCCAGGGAGCGUCGCCUCGUCAGCCAAGAGGAUGGAGCCCCAGCCGCUGGAUCCUCAGGACUACCUGACCGUGUGCGGCAAGUGCGACAAGCCCAGCGAGGAUCAUGUGCGAUGUCAGAACUGCGGCAACCCCCUGGCUGAGGAUACCCCAGCCCCUGCCCCCACCCCCGCGGAGCCCCGUGUCCCCCCCCUGGCCAGGAAUCCCAUCCGGCCGCAGGCGGCCACGGGACCAAGCAGCCUGGCAGUGAGCAAGAGCUUCUACGGCGCGGCGUCCGGCAUGAGGGGGCCGCGGGGCGACGUGGUGAUCAGCCCGCCUGUGCGCAUCACGCGGGGAAGCCUGCCGCUGGACGGGCGGCCUGCGGGGGCGCCAGGGAGCGCCGUCACCUACUCCAAGGCCUGCAGGGGCAAGAGGCAGCUGCCCAGCAAGCAGCACGAGCUGAAUGAUCCCAUUGUGCUGUCCAGCGAUGACGAGGACCAGGAUGGAGAAAACAGCAGCACCGGCAGCGUCAGCCGGCUGGACAAUGUCUCCCCGCGGCCCGCCGAUUCGGCACACUCCUCACCGGCGCCCUGUGGUGGCAGACUGGAGGCCGCCGUCAAAGUCCUUCCAGAACAGGAGGAGCUGAGCUCCAGCUUCUUCAUGGAUAUGGACUCCAGGAUCACCCUGCCGAGGAAGAGUCGGAUGAAAGACCAAUUCGGGAAUGCGGUGGCUGAUGAUACCACCAACCUCAAGCGGCGGAAGGUCAUCAGCAAUAUGAACAGCAUCAUCCUGGACUGCCGGAGCGUGCGGCUGGGCUCGCUGCGCCGGAUGGUCACCAAGCCUGUCAUAUUCUCCGUCGACUACAUCCAGCUGGAAACUGAAGGUCCAGAGCAGGACGUCCUGGAGAAGGUGAGGCUGAGGGCCUCUGAGCUGACCAGCUGCGAGUGGUGCACCGUGCGCAAGCUGCCUGUAAUCUUCCUGCAGACCACAGCCAGCGAGUGCCUGCGUCUGCGCAGCCAGCUCAGGAUGUCUCGUGGGCGCAGCUUGUGGUACGACUGCAAGAGCACAGAUCUGGCUGAGCAGUACAUCGUCUUGAUCUUCGAGGAUGGGCUCUCAGUGCGGGUGGAGGCCAUCCUGGAAGAGAUUCUUCAGGAGAUCGGCAGAUCAAACAACUUAAGUGACUUUCCAGCCAAAUUGUCAUUUGAGGAAGCCAACAAGAGACUAGUCCGGUAUAAUGGAUCAGAAGCAAAGCUAUCGGAGGACGGUCGUCAAGGAAGGACACGCCAGUCUACACGCCUUCAGCCCUUGUUCGAGGACGAUGACGACGAGGCAGAGGACAUGUCUGAGCUCCAGCCCACCUUCACGGGACCCGUAGUUAAGUUGAUGGUUUACCCUCCGGCUCCAGCCAAAGGGGGCAUUUCUGUCACUAACGAGGACCUUCACUGUCUCAAUGACGGGGAGUUUUUGAAUGACGUCAUCAUUGACUUUUACUUAAAGUAUUUGGUCCUUGAGAAGUUAAAGCUAGAAGAUGCCCAGCGCAGCCAUAUAUUUAGCUCCUUUUUCUACAAGCGUCUCAACCAGAGAGAGAGAAGGAACGUCCCGGACGCUGCCCACCUGCCGUGAGUCUGCGUUGCCGUCAUACG